UAUUAGCUUACACGCUAUCUUAAACCCAAACCACAUUUCUUGUACUCAACAAAAGUGUCAAUGGCCGCCUCUCUCUUUCAAUUCCCAAUUCAUUAUUUCGUCUGAGAUUUAUCCUUCUCAACCCUCUUCACCAUCACCAAGUUCCUUCCUUCAACUUCACUUUCACUUCCUUCUUCCAUUUAAAGCUUCGGGGAUUUCGUAAAUCUUUACAGGAUAUUAUGACAAGCUUUGUACCUACUCAUUGUUGUAAUUUGUCGGUUGGGGUUUCAGAACACGCUUGCAGCCGCAGGGGAAGGUUUCAUAAGCCUCCGAGACUGAGAUGUUGUGGUCCGUGUUUUCACCUCGGUGGGUUUGGUUUUUCCCUGGGUCAGGGUCAAUAUUUUGUUGCUAGUACGCCGCGGAGUCGUCUGAGAUUUGCUCCGAUCUUUUCCAGCGCCGUGGAUGAUGGGGGAGCUGAAUCGGAUGAUCCCGAGGACGGGAAUGAUCAGAAAGAAUCUUCACAAGGGGAGAAUGAAGGAAAAAACAGUGAUAUGCUUCGGGAAAACCUUGAACGAAUAGUUGGCACGGAUGACUCCACCUUUAGUGGCUUAGACCUGGCAACUCUUAUAAGGAACAAAUAUGGCAGGUCCUAUGAUGUUCAAUUGAUAAAGAAGGAGUUCAUGGGAAGAAAUCUCCUUGCACUGAAUGUUAUGUGGAAGUACAUGGAGCAGAGAUCAUUUCCCUUAACCGAAGAAGAAUAUCUCCUAAGGCUUGAUGAUGUGGCGAACACGUUGAGAUGUUGGGGAGCAGUCUCGCACAUUCGUAACAGCUUGGCAAAGCUGAAAGAGCGCCCUCGAAUAGGGAAGGCAGUGAGCAUAUUUAUCGACAUGGAUGAAUCGGGAGGUCGUGCAAAUGAAUGGAUUUACAAAUAGUCCAAAUCGUUCACCAAUCAUAGUAAUACAACAGCAUCAUCAUCAAUAUGUAUGGAGUUUAUGAAAGCUCUACGCCUCGCUUCAAUCCAUCGCUCUCGAUCUCAAUUUGUGCACUCCUUAUCCCAUGCUUAAAUUCUUUACUUAUUUACUUCUCAUCAACAAUAAUCAUCA